AUGGCGCGAGGCAAAGAUCCCACCAGAAUGAAGACCACAAGCACACAGAGCAGGUCAUGUGGCAGCAGCCUGUCGCUGUUGGACCUGCACCUGGCGGGGGGCGGCCCGCUGUCGACGAUCGUGACGACGUACCUGGACGACGCGGGGCGCGUGGCGCUGGCGGCGGCGUCGUCGGCGUGCAUGGCGCGGGUGAUGGAGGCUGCGGACGGGUGCACGUGGAAGCCACCGAGCAUCGCUGUCGCGCGCAGCGUGGCGGAGCGGCUGUGCGCGCAGGGCGUGGACGGGGCGACGCGGUCAACGGUGGAGUGGGCGGACGGGGCGGGGACGAGAUGGACGCGGGCGGGCGGGGCGGUGGGCGACGCGUCGGCGAUCGUGGCCGUCCAUGGGCACUGGGAGCUCGACCCGCGAGACUUCAUCAGUGCUGACAUGAGGGCGCUGGCGCGGGCGGCACUGGCGCGGGAGUCGCGCUGGCAUCAGAAGGCAGUCAAGUCCCUGGCGCACCUGUCCUCUGAGACAUGGCUGCCAGAGUGCGUCGGACACGUGCUGCGGCGACUGGACGUGCGUGGCACUGAUCUGCCGCGCAUUCCUUCUGGGCUGACAUCGCUCGAGGAGCUCGACAUAUCUCAGUGCGACAAUCUGGCGGGAGGACACCUCUGGCUGCCCGCCAGCUCCGCGGCCAGGCUCAAGAAAAUCAACGCGUCACGCGCGAACGUCACCAGCUUCCCCCCGGACAUGGCCUGCCUCGAGGAACUGCACGCGCCGGGCAUCCGCGGCGAGGAGUGGCUGCCGGAGAGCUCGGCGGGGAGCAUCAGGGUGCUGCGGAUGGACAAGUGCAACAAGCUGCCGCGGGGCCUGGACGCGCUGGAGGAGCUGCGGGUGUUCAAGGAGCGUGAUGACUCCGUACCGUUGUGGUUCGGAGACACGUGUGUGGACGCAUCCUUGUGUCCCGGUGAGAGGCAUCUGGACGAGGCGUACUUUGCGCCUCUGGCCGGCGAUCGCCUGAGGGUCCUCGCCCUUGGUGACGGCAGUCUGCUAAGCAUGAAUGACAUCGAUCACGUUCCAGCGCGAUUCGAACAGCUGGUGGAGCUCAACUUGAUGGACUACAAGCUGCACAAGUCGGACGCUUGGCUGGACGCGCGCGCCGCGGGCAGCCUCCGGAAGCUCGACCUCAGCGGCACCAACGUGCGGCGCGUGCCGUGUGUCCCAACGCUGGAGCACCUGGACGUGAGCGAGUGCAAGCGCCUGGCGGAGGACUUCCUGGACGCCGCCUCGCGCGCGAACGUCCGCACGCUGCGGGCGUUCAGCAGCAACAUCACACGUGUGCCGUCGGGGAUGUAUGCACUGACGAAGCUCGACGUGCAGCUGUGCGAUGGUCUUGUCGAGGGCUUCCUGGACGACAUCUCUGCGGAGCACAUCAAGGAGCUGUCGUAUUCGGGCGACCUGGCGUGGCUUCCGGCGGGUCUGGCGUCGCUGGAGCGGCUGCACCUCUGCAAUUGCUCGGGGCAGGUGAGGGCGGAGGUGGCAGCGGGCGUGCGGGUGCUGACCGCGAACAUGAUCGCGCCCGCCUCGACGAGGGGCAUGCGCGCGCUGGAGGAGCUGGAGCUUCAGCACUGCUCCUUGCGAGAUGGCGCAUUUCAUGAACAUGGCAAUCAAUGGGUGAGCAAGGAGUCCAAGUCAACGCUGCGGAAGCUGACGAUGGUUUGCUGCGAGAGCGGGGACGGGAAGCUGCCGGGAGGGAUGGCGGCGCUGGAGGAACUGUCCCUCGCAGGAAUGCGCCGCCCCGUGCAGCUCCCGAGCACCUCUGUGGGGAAGCUGCGGAAGGUCCUGCUGCUCGGCUGCACGCUGCGACGCCUUCCGGACGGCAUGGAGAGCCUCGAGGAGCUCGAGGUCGACGGUUGCGACAUGCCCGAGGAGGAUGAGGGCCUGCUACCGACCAGCUCGGGACGCAAGUUGCAGCGUUUGAGGAUACAUCGUAUGCGUUCGACCGCGCGGCUGCGACUAAGUCUUCCCCCGGAGAUGACGGAGCUCGAGCACCUCGACGUGUCUCUAUGUCGGAACCUCCACGCGGAGGCCUUUCUGCCCGCGAGCUCGACGUCGAAGCUCAGAAGCCUGCGUGUCAGGCACAGCAACCUGCGACGCCUUCCACCGAACAUGCGAGCGCUGCGGGAGGUCGACGUCGAAGGGUGCGGCGUUCUCGAUGACGAAUGGCUGCCGAGGAGCUCUGCGGCGGGCGUCACGACGCUCAGGGCGCCCGAGAGCAACCUGCAGCGCGUGCCGGGGGGAUGCUCGAGCCUCGAGACGGCGUACUUGCAAUGUUGCCGUCGCCUGUAUCCGCGCGAGUGGGUGACGAAGUGCUCGGCGGCGCGACUGCGGGUAGUGCACCUCUACGCAAGCAGCGCCGUGAGCGCACCGACAUGGGCAGCCUUCCGGUGUUUCGGGCUGCCGGAAGUGCCGACGACCGAGCCUUGA